AUGUUUAAAAUAGAGUCAUAUGUCACACCCAUCUUGCUGAGCUACGUGGACAAAUAUGUGCGAGACUUCAAACCAGCUGAUGCACAGGUGUCACUAUGGGGCGGGGGCGUGGCGCUCCACAAUCUGGUGCUCAAGGCGGACGUGCUCCAGCAGGAAGUGGCAUUGCCCUUCACCCUCGUCUCCGGCCGCAUCCACGAGCUGCUCAUACAAGUACCAUGGACCAAGAUCAUGUCGGAGCCGAUUGUCGUCACCAUCGAUACUAUAGAAUGUGUGUUAAGUCUGAAUCCGCCUGUCCCGCCCGAUGGCACGCCGCCUCCAGCAUCACCGAGCCGCAAGACUCAGGUAGUGGAGGCUCCGCCGGGCUACAUGCAAGCUUUGGUCCGGCGCAUCGUGAGCAACAUAGCGCUACGCGUGCACCACCUCAUCGUCAAGUACGUGCAGGACGAUAUAGUACUGUCUCUCAAUGUCAAACACCUCGGCGUCGACAGCGCUGGACCCAAUUGGGAACCCGCUUUUGCAGAUAUUGACCAGGCGCAACCAGUGAUAAGAAGGCUAGUGCACCUAGACGAUCUCACUCUGUGUCUGGACAAAUCUGACGGAGAUGGCAAGAUACGGUUUUUUCAAGAACCCUUAUUGUAUAGGUGUCAGCUAGAUCUCAGAGUUCUAACCCGCCUAAUAUCUGCGAAUACACGUCGCGCUACAAGUUUGAACGUGCAGAUGCGGUCCAGUAAGCUAGCGUGGAGCGUCACCAACGAACAGUUGGCGUUGUUGCUCCGACUCAUCAAGGAGCGGCCGAUCACCACCGUCACGCCGCCUCCGCCCAAGGCAUCUGUUGCACAAACGCCGCUCCAUUCGACAUCAUCAAACUCGGCGGAGCCAACUCGGCAAGAGAGCUGGUCGGAGUGGGCGUGGUCCUGGUUGCCCACGUGGGUAGAUCGCGACACGAACUUGGAGGAAGCACCCCUGCCACCCACCUCGCUGCCCAUAUACUUCAGCGCUUAUCUAGAUGAUGUCUCCUUGGUGUUCAAGGUGAUGGAGACGGAAUCGGGCAGUCGCAAGCGUUCGCGCGCAGUACUAGAGGUCUCGGCAUCAUUUGCUGCGCUAAAAACUUCGAUUUGCCACCCUACCCACUUGAGGAUACGCCUCGGUGCAAGAGAGCUCAUGAUGCAGUCCCACGGGAGAUGUGUCUGCGGACACGUUAAUUUUAACACUUUGAAUUCGGAACCGACAGUUUACUUGAAGAAGAUAAAGACAGCAUCACAGAUGGAGACGGUGUGGACGUGGCCGGAAGGGGUGCUCAAUGACAAGGUGAAGGUUGCUGAGGUCAUUGACGAAAACCCUCCGGCCACUACUGCUGGGGAACCUGAAGGCAGCACUGUAUCCCCUACACCAAGCGUACAAGAUAUGAAACCGACCUCGGUUGAGCCGAGCCUGGACAAACAAGACAGGGAUGAUAUCGACGAGCUCUGGAACAAGAUGGCGCCACUCUUGUUUGUGGAGUACGUGCAUGAACGGUCACCCCCUCACCAACUGAUGAACCCAUAUGAUAAUCCGCCUAAAGAUUUUGAGUACAGUGAUUGGGGCGAAGAAUGCAGCAUGACGGUAGCGGUGGAACCAUUAGAGCUAAGAAUCUGCAUGGGGCUCAUACACCGGCUGCAAGCGGUCAAGAACAUAUACAAGGAACACGCGGCAUCUGAGCCAGAGUUGCCAAAGCGAGUGCUGACAGUUGAAGAGAAGGAAGCUCUGACGGAGAACUUGCCACAGCGUCGUAUCAAGUUGGAGGUGAUGGGCGCACUGGUGCGUCUGAUACCGUGGAACCACAUCGUAGGAGACCGCCAGCCCACGCCUGAACCCGUCGUAUUGGAGUUCGAGUUACCCUAUGCUAGUGCCAUCGUCAUGGCUCCCUUGUAUCCACAUAGGGUAUGUUCAGCAGCCAGUCAGAUGCCCAAAGACUCCGGUUCUCUAUGGCAAGGCGCGAGACGGCACACUACCGUUACGCUCAACUCCGUACAGAUCAGAUUGACCAAUGCCGACGGCACUGAGAAUCGGCCUUGCGCACGCGCAGACAUCAAGCUAGUCACACAUCAACUACUCUACAAAUCCUUCUUCCAAAAUAGAGACUCCAUUGAGUUCGCUUAUCAUCUGAAAAUUAAGGAAAUGAGUAUAUGCGGAUCUUUCGCGCGGCUGCAGGCAGCAUACCAUGUUCCUACGUCACUGACGAUAGAAAAGCGGUCCAUCGCUUUAAAGCAUACUACACUACCCAGAGACGCACUUAACGACCAAGACGCAGUGGCUAUCGACCUGGCGCUGGAGGACGGCACGAUACGGGGCUACCUGACGGACAACGUCAACAUGCAUGUCAUCACGCUACACUCCGCCAAAGCCACCGCUCUACAUGAACCCAAGGCUGGUGUUGUGAAACAAGCGUGGCUCUUCUCCGCUCCCGAUGCGCCUACCACAACGCCCUGCCUUCGUUUCGCGGUCCAAUGGUGCACCACCCCGGUGGAAAACUCGUUCGAUUACCUGGGCGUUUGGACGGAACCUGUGGCCUUCUCCGUGGACCCCUUACUCAUAGCGUGGCUGGCCUACAAACCCACUGUCAAGUCUGAGGCGUCUCUGCCAGCUGCAAUGAAGAGCUUGUCACAAACACAACAGACAUCAUUGCGACGCCGGAGCACACCACCGUCAUCGAGUGGUCGCGGUGGCAGUAGAGCGGGGUCCGCACAAGGUGCGGAACUGAUUCACUACCGCUCGCGCAGCUUCGGGUCCAGUAGUGAGCCGAGUGAGAAGAAAGACAAAGUUACUGCACAUAAAAUCGUACCGCAGGUCACAAGUCAGCAACAAGCAGCGCUUGCGGCAGGUGAGAGGGUGACUGAGCUCUAUCGGCGGCUGCAGGGGAUGGUCCUCAACGUGGAGCUGGGGCUGGCCCUCGUGUAUGUCACCAUGAGUACGGCCUCCGCGGUAGACUGUCACACCCUCAGAGACGCCAUGGAACGACACGCCUCAGCCGCACACAGAGUAUUGGCUAUAUGUCUCGGUCGACUGUCGAUGCAGUCCAGCACUCUCAGCAAUCGCCUGUGGCAGAGUCUACGACAUGACGGACCUACAUUCCUAGCAGAAAAGCCCAAAGACGACUCGUUUCCAUGGAAGAUAAGUCUUGCGGACGUCUCCUGCUACACAUUAGAACUGCCUCACUUAUCAGCGACUACUGAUAUUGUGGGGCAGGAGACGGUGGGGAUCUCAGCAGGUCUGAAGUCUAAACUGAAGAUGUCUGGAGCCCCCAAAGCUACUCGGAAGACGGUGCUAGAGCUGGUCACCACCACCAUCACAGUGUCCGUCGUCACUAAGGCACUGCAGUAUAAGACUAUAUCCAGGAAGGAUCUGAAGAAGAGUCAUAUUGUUACUGAAGAAGAUCGGAAAACGCAGUACUUUACAGCUGGAAUGGAGUUCAAGCCGACAACUUUGAAGGAAUUUGUUCGCGGUCCAGCCAGCAGACAAAGGAAAUCUGAGGAACCGUCGGCGUCGGCGACGUCUCAAACAGAGAUACCUUCCGAGGUGAUCACCAUCAAGGACGGACCGCUAAUCUCCUUGGGAGUGCACCUCCACGCUGACACUCCACCCAUCAUCAUCCGGCUGGAACAGGAUCAGAUUCAAACGAUGUCCGCGACAAUCCAUUGUUUGGCUCACAUUCACACGUUAUUGCAGCGGCCUGCUAUAUUGAUCCCUAACAGAAGCUUCACAUCAAUCGGCAGCUCACACAGAUCAUUAAUACGGUCUGUGUCGGAAAUAAACGAAAUAGCGGCUCCAUCAGAAGAAGACGCCAGCGAAAAAUCUGAACUGGUGCCCAUAUUUGAUAGGACAUUACAAAAAAAGCGUCCUUUGAAGACAUUCUUUUGGUUCCAAUGGGUGGUGAGCCGCGCGACGCUAGUGUUAGCCUCUGACAUUGUAAAGCUGGCGCUGGACAUCGAUGACAUCAUCAGCACGAUCGAUAUACAAACCGAGUACAACCAGCUUAAAGUCAAGGUGGCAUCAGCCUCCAUUAAACAUUAUAAACGGAAUGAAAUGGACGAAUGGGUUACUGGCGUGAUCGGCGGUAGGGUGCUGGAAGCUAGGGAGCCUACAAAAGCUGAAGAGGAUACUCAUUUCCUGUCCGUCACCAUCACACAAGCGCAGGUAUCUGACCUGCCCGCAAGCUGGAAAGAAGAGCUGCAUCCCAAGUUAUUGGAGUCUACCUCGUCGCACGACACGAUGUGGGAAGUGUUCGCUACGCUGGCCCCGCUAGAGGCGUUAGUACAGCCGAGUGUUAUAGACAACAUCGUUACUCUGGUCAGGGAACUGGUGCCAAGAGCAUAUUGUCCCUUGAGGGCGGAGACUGAGAACAGGCUGUCAGAUUGGCAAUGGCCGUAUUUGUAUCUGACUGCCGGCGGCAUUAGGGUGGUUGUUGCCGGGGAGGAUGUGGGUAGAGAGAGAUCCUUCGAUGACACCAUAAUUCUCUAUAUCGGCGCCGUAAAUAUUACUCCACACCCAGAAAAUCCCAUCUGCCGGCGAGCGGUUAACACGGGACCCGAUGGUGGCUGGCUGGCAGGCGCUAGCGGGUUCGAGGGCCGACAGUACGAAAUUCUCGUGAAAGAAGUCUCCGUACAAUCUACAAAGUUCAAAGCUAUAGCGCUCGCUGAGGCAGUCUUAGACAACACUAAAGGUAUGACGACUGAGAAUCCUGCGCUGAAAUGGAGCCAACGCACCAAGAUCCCACAAAAGGUUCCCAUAUUACACUCUGUCGAGCUCUGCUGCGUGCUAGCUCCAGCGAUGUACGUCGGUGGCUUGCUGGCCUGCGGUCCAGCGGUUGAGCUGAACCUGGUGUCAGACUGCAGUAUAGAGAUCAGUGUAGAUCAGCUCGUCCUCUUCAAAAACCUGCAACAAGAAUUCGUCUCUGAUAUUUCCUUGGCACAGGAUAGUAAUUGGAUGACCAACAUCUUCUCGCGACCCCGGAUGUCGGUGGACAAGGACAGCGUCUGCCCGUACGCGAACAUCAUCACCAACCAACUCGACCACACUCCAGUCUUCGACGAACCCGUCAUCGAGAACGUCAUAACGAUUAAAACGUCCACUGAAACAUGUCGGACGACUUACGACUCUGGCGUAGAGACCACAGCCUCCUCUUCUAAGACCAAGCUUACUGACGAGGUGCCCAUCAAAAAGUCCGUCUCCGUAGCCUUUGUAGAAACGGGGGAUGCGUCGAACUUUCUGGAGGUGUUUGUGACGAUGGGAGUGAUAGACCUGUCACUGUACGUGGCAGAUGACGGCAGCCCCGAGGUGAUAGCUCUCAGACCACCCUCUGUCGAAUACGUGCAGCCCGUUACACCGAUCCCACAACAGCAGCCAGAAAAGGAAGACGAUGAGAAAGAUGGCGUGUCACCGGCGACAAGUCGCAGUCUCACUGACGCGAUGCGAGACGUUGACAUCGGGGCGACAAUGCUGCACACGCCGCCGCAUGUGAAGAGUCAAGCGCGAGAGUACGAGGGCAACGUGCCGCUUAUACAAGUCACGCUGUUGCAGCCAAACGUAUACUACUGGAAAAGAAAGACGCAGAAGACAUUACAGCUAUCGCUGUUCAAUGCGGGCGUGGCUCUCGGUAUGACGGACGUGCAAGGACAGUGGAGCUCUGUGUUGGUGUCCACUGCGAAGGGUGUGGCUGACCCGGUCACUGACAUCCCUCCCGCACUUGCCACCUUCAAGGUCGUGGCUCCUAUAGGCAACAUGUCAGCUGGGUCUGGCACGAGCACGCGCGGCACCGUCCGACUGGAUAUCGAGCGGCCCGUGCAGCUCGAGGUGUCCACCGACAACCUCAGGAGGCUGAGAGAUAUAAUAUUGCUUGUAAAUGCGAAUCUAAGCAACCGAGCUUCGCUUCCACAAUCUUCACACAUUCCUGAAAAACCAUUGCUGUACAGAAUUAAAAAACAAUUAUUAUCGGAAGGCAUGGAGAGUAUAACGAUCCAUACAAGCCAGAUCUCAGCGUGUGGACACGAGGGGAUAGUAGGGUGGGACAGUUCUACCCUGCAGAUCUCAGCCAGUUCUCGCCCCGAGAGACUGAACGCGCGCGGACUCGUCACCGCGCUACUGGUCGCAGCCGGCCCGCCUGCAGACCGGAGACAUGUCAUCUUGCAACCCCUGAUGAUGGGUUUGGAAUUAGAAGCUUAUUGGGAAGCAUGGCGGCGUGCAGAAGGUGGUCAUUCUAUGCGGGAACCGACCGUGAGGAUUAGCGUGGAAUUCGAUGAAGUCACCGUGGACCUCAGACCUACAGAGCUGGCCACCCUCCACCGACUGGAAAAAUCUUACAGAGAACUGGCUAAGAUGCCAAAGAUACCAACUAAAUUGAAUUUGAAUAUAUACCCGGCCGUGGACGCGGCGUCAAACCGCGAUAUGUUCACACACAGUUCACAGUUUUCCUCCCAAGGAAUCUCCUCAGACACUGAGUCAUGUGACCAGUUCUACAAAGACGAUCUCAGGAGUGGAGCCUUCAAGAUCUUGAGUGGUGGUCAGUUACCGAUGGCGUACCAGGUGAUGCUGCAUGGCAGCGCAGUGUCGUGGCGCUACCCACACCCCAGGGCUAUCACCAGGCUCGUUGCCUUCCCUUUACCCGGACAGGAGAAGGAAACAAGUUGUGUGCUGGAGUUGUACAACAGUAUGUUGUCCAAGUGGGAGACGCAUACAUACUUCAAGAUACCCUUCGGGGAACCGAAGGAACUCAAUCUGCCAGUCAGCCCACCGGAAACGGUGUUUGCGAUAAUGUGGCGAUUCCGCGUGUGUGACGACUAUGAGCCCCCUACGCCUUACGAGUUUGUGUCUAGUCGUUUCCUGCCACGCAGUGAGCCCUUGUUAAUUGACGAGCAACCAGAGCAGAUGGAUGUAAAGUCAGUAUCGGGAGUGUCGGCGGAACAACUGUCGGGAGUUUUGCGCGUCGACUCAUACUUUGCGCCUCGACUCCUCCCGCGGACGAAAGCUGUGUUGCGUGUCGCCAAUUUUAACUUACACCUACAUAACUCACUGCCCUCAUUAACUAGUGCAGCGACGUACCUUGAAGGCUACUACGUGUCGAAGCCACUGAUGCGAACACACCGAGUGCUGAGUGUGACCGCGCGGUCCACGGCGUUCCAUACACUGUACGGCUCGCCCGCCGGGACGCUCGUCAUGGUCGACACUAAUCUAUCCACCGACAUGAUAGACAGUUCGACGGGUACAAUGGAGGAGAUUGUUGAAGAGUUUCGUCUUCAAGGUGGCUUGUCGGAUAAACAAGAGUCUCUUCUGACUGCUCGCUACCGUGUGCUGACUACUGGCAUUCACGUAGCGCUACAAAUACCAAGGCUCAGGACCUUGCAGGCUCUCUGCCAGGAUUGGAAGAUGGCCUAUGACGAGUAUUUAAACAACUCAAUCGAGGAAUCUAUAUCCGAGGAUGAUGAAGAGGACUUAACAGAAGAAACUGAGCAGGAGGAAAUGGUCGUGGCUGAGGCGGCGGUCGCGACUUUAGAAGGGAGAGUGUCGCUUUGGAUAUACAACAGUUGUGCGUCCUCCUUGAGGGUAGGACAAGAGGAUACAGAAGAAGUUGUACCGCUGGGACCUGGCGUCAUACUGGCCUAUAGGUGGCGUAAUCCAACGGCUCCCAAGAGGAUUCGGCUCGCACUGGCUGGUCCCACAGCAGAUUGGCAUUGGUCGUCUAGUUUGCCUUUCUUGGCGGGCAUGCACCGUCUGAAGAUCGAUACUCCGGACCCAAGUAACAGCAAGCAAAUCUCUUCUACCAGCGCCUUCGUUCAUGUGAAGGUCGAGGAUGCGGGCGCCGCCAAGACCAUGCACCUCUCCGGGAGAUUGGUGCUUGCCAACAUGCUGCGAGCCACACUACUUUACAAAGUUCGUGCUCACUGCAGUGAAGCUCCACAAUGGCGGACUUUGUGCUCGGGUGAGAUGACGGCGGAAACCAUCGGUCACAGCGUCGUCUGCAGUGCCGACUGUGACAUGGUGCUCAAAAUAAAGCUGAGAUCACACAACACCUGCUGGUCAGGCGACAUACCGCUUAAGGAGUGCCCUAAAGAAAACGUACCGUGGUUGGUCAAAGUACCAACGGAAGGAGAAACCCAAUUUGUAUCAGUAUGGUGUCGCGUGGUGCGCGGGCGCAACGAUGGGCGUAUCCUUGCUACUGUAUGGCCUCUAUACGUGUUACAUUCACAUUUACCGCUAGACACAGAAGUACUGAUAGUAACAGAAGCGCCUGUACCGACGACGGAGGACCAAGAUUCGCAGCAGUCACGGCCUCCACCGUUGUUACAGACCUCACCGGGUCGAGGGUCCAGCACUCACCUACAGGCGCCUGGCACUACUGCGGCCAGGCAUAGUCUGUCCUUCCAGUAUAAGAACAUCGAGUGUCCAGUGACGAGAGAGGCGGUGCCCUUACACUACGGUGUGACCGACACCUCCGUGUUUGACAAACGAUCGCCUGUACUCAACGUCGAUGACGUCAUCAAGGAUAUCCAGCGCUGGUUGAAUCGUUCGGCACAUAAUGCAACGUCUAAAUGGCCAUACUCUGUGGUCGCUAGACACUGGAGUGGAGAGUGGGUAGCCGCAUCGAUACAACCACGAUGUGAUGUCACUGUGCGGUACACCGCCGUGCGCGCUGGCGGGGGCUGCAGCCUGGAGAUCCAGCUGUGUCCAGUAGCAUUGAUGUGCAACGCCACGCCCAUACCGCUCACACUGCGCGCCUACGACGCCGCGCCGCUCUGCAAGCUCGAACCAGGCACUGCUAUUUCACCACCCACUACUAUAAUCAAGAAACCGUUCUUCAUGUCAGUGGAGAUGGGUCGCGAGACGUUCGUGAGCAGUCAGCUACAGGUGUCAGCGGAAGACCCUGGUCGGUACGGCACUCCGCCGCCAGGACACGUCGCGCUUGACCACGCUACCAACUUCGCUAUACUCUGCAACCAGAAGGUGGCGCUGCUGACCCUAUACUAUGAGAUCAAGAAGGAGAUCAACGUGCUCGGCGUGUCCACCUCCUACGUACUCAUAAACAGACUCGACACGGAACUCUUGGUGUCAGCGGUAGCAGUUCCGAACGACAUGAACGAGUACACGACCCUGCGCCCCAAGUCAUUCAAAGUGGUCAUGCCUGUUAAGGAGGGAAGCGUCGACGGAACUCCACUGACUCGCUUCUGGCUGCGCGGGCGCUGGCGCGGCGGGGACCCGUCGGAGCUGCGCACGUACCUGUGUCUGUCUCUGUCGUCCGGCAUGAACCCGAUGCAGGCCCCCGUCCCAAUCCGGCUCGGGGUGCAACCGUUACGACGAGCCGUAGCGCUCAUUGACUCGUCUAUGCAGUCGGUGCCAAUAGUGGUGACUCAGAUAAAGACUGACAACCGUUGGCUGGUGGUGGUGGCGCCGGACCCGUGUCCUCAGUUCCUCGUCCACAACCACACCCGCCUCACGUUAGCCGUCGCACAACCGGUGCACUUCCCUGAGGAACCGUCCACUUCACAUACUGUGGCAGUAACAGAAUGCGCAGGAACAAGAUGGUGCUGUAUGGUGCCACCUAACGCGGCGGUUCACUAUUCGACUCCUGCGCAUUGUGCCCGCUAUCCGCCCGAAGGAAUGCCAGCGACAUCUGUCGCCUCGUGUUACCUUACAUUUGCUAAAGGAAAAGAAGAGUUAGAGCAGGAGUGGUGUUCCCCAGUAGUGGCUGCGGACGGGGAACACCUCCUGCAAUACUAUGGCGGUAUUACCAUCAAACUGCGCGUGCGCACCCAUCCACACUCUACGCUGCUCGAACUACAAGAUGUUGACCAAAACGACAUAUCAGCAAGUGACAUCAGACGCCGUUUGCUGGGAGUGAUAGAGACCGAAGAAUUAACUCUUAAUAAGGAACCGGUCGUGACAGCUGUGCCGAGUUUGGAGAGAGUGGGUGCUGCUUGCCGAGUAGUCUCUCCGGGAGAUGUCAAUGUAAGCGGGGAGAUGUACGAAAGCCAGGUUACGCAUCAAUUACGAUCAUCAUCCACUGGGAAAGGCGAAGACUCGGAUUAUAAGUUUAGAAAAAAGAGGUCUCUUAGCCAGGAUGGUGGUGUGUACUGGGCUACAUCUAUGGAAGGCUCAAAUAGCCGCAUAAUUAAAAACUCCGGUUUCAUGUACGCAUCUGAUACAAGGUUUCAGAACCAAGAUUUGGAGCCCGAACUCGACCAAAUGGAUGAAACCGCAGGGAAUAUGGAGCGGUUCCGCUGCGUCAUCGCAGGAGUUUCGGUGGAACUGUCGGCCGCAUCCGAUGUGAUACCACUACUGGCGGUGCACCUCGACCGCACCGCAAUACUCAUGCAGUCCGAUAGCAAGAAAACAAAAACAAUCCUGUCAAUAGCGGACGCGCAGAUAGAUAACUUGCAGUACGAGACGGGACAGUAUGACUUCGCAGUGAUAGCAAGCACUCGUGCCGAGCCCCUGGAGCCCGACCGGUGGCCCCCUCUGUGGAACAUGUUCUCUGAACGAGAGACCUUCGCCACCAGGGCGGACACUGCGAGACUUGAACUUCAACUACAGCAUGACAAGUGGGAAGUCGUCAAUAAUAAAUAUAAAGAAUUAACAGAAGUGGAUCUGAGAGUGGGUACUCUGGCUCUUUACGUGGAGGAUGCCUUCAUAAAGGCUUUAGUAGACAUGUCCCAUCUCCUGCUCCCCCCGGCCAGCGCCAGCGACCAAGGUUCACUGAGCGAGGAGAGGUCCAUACAGAAACCACUGCGGCUCAGGGUGCUGCAUGUCCAUCCACUCGAUCUCACAUUGACGCUUCAUACUGCCGUGCGAAUGUACAUAGCUCUGGAUCAAAGUCCGCUGCGCCUGAGUGCUUUCAAAUUACAUGACAUGAUGACGUCAGCGGAACGCCUCACGCAUGCGCUCACCGUGCAUUACCUGUCUGCCGCCAUAUUGGGAGCAGGUUGGGUAGUCGGCGGUUUGGAGUUAUUGGGUGCGCCUGGAGCCCUAGCCGCUCGUUUGGGCGGUGCCACGGGUGGUGUGAGGGGCGUAGCCUCCGCUGCGGCGGCAGCGCUGCUUCGGUCAUUGAGCGCAUGGGCAGGGUCUCUAGCGAGGAACCUGGACUUGCUGGCUGGUGAUGAAGAGCAUGCGAGGCGUGCCGCAGCGGCGAGAAGAAGACCACCGCCCAGCUUCGUAGCAGGACUUGUCGCUGGCAUCACCAAUUUCGCUAUUAACAUACUCGGAGCAGUGGGUGGUCUUGCGCAUCACCCCCUAGUGGGGGUGGCAGUGGGGGAGACAGAGAGUGGUGCGGCGGCAUUGCGACGCGGUAUCCUCGGAGCUCUCACUAAGCCGCUCAGCGCUACUGCUGACCUCGUAGCCUAUGCUGGUUCCGGCCUGCUCCGACAGACUGGCUGGGAUCCUGUACCUGAGCCUCGCCGUUUAUCAUCCUCGAUCCAGCCGCGCGCGCAGUCUGGCUGGCACAGAGACUGCGUGCGCUGGGUGUUCCGCAUGUGCGAGCUCAACGCAUUCACCGGAUUCGAGGUCCUGGUCGAUAACGCGCAGCUACAACUACUGGUCACACAUAAGUUCCUGAUCGUGGCUGACCCUGAGUCGGAGCGAAUCAUGGAGAUGAUCGACUUCAGGUACUGCACCCUGAGCCCGUACCAAGGAGAAAUUAUUGAGCUGUGCGUGAUGCAAAGGAGACAGUCCAAGUUGUUGGAAACCAGGAUGCCUGAUGAAGAUGAGGAAUACCAGAUAAGCGCAGCGGCAAUGGCUCGCGUGGCGCGUUACACUGGGGCUGAAGGUACCGCGAUCGGGGAGAGUCGAGUCCUCUCUCUCCUGCCUCCGCCGGGAAGGUCGCACGCUCUACACGCAGUGCUGGCUGCAGCCUUGCACCAUAACUGUGACUCGCAUUUCCCCAUGCUAUGA